AUGUCAAGAAUGGUGCGGCUUUUCUGCUAUGUUUUAUUAUUCGUGGGGCUUCUGAAUGCCUGUGUACAGGUUGAAGGUCUUGGUGUGAACUGGGGUACGGUAGCAACCCACAAACUGACGCCUAAAGUAGUGCUCCAGAUGUUGAAAGACAAUGGUAUUCAGAAGGUGAAGCUUUUUGGUUUCGACAACAAGAUCUUAAGUGCUCUGGCUGGUUCCGGGAUUGAAGUCAUGGUGGCAAUUGCCAAUGAUCAGCUAGUGGUUCUCAACAAUUAUGGCAAAGCCAAGGAUUUUGUAGAGCAAAAUGUUACUCGUUACAAUCCCAAAUCCAGUAAAGGUGUUAACAUUACAUUCGUGGCAGUCGGCAACGAGCCUUUCCUUAAGGAUUUCAACGGUUCCUUGGUGAAUGUAACCUUCCCGGCUCUUCAGAACGUCCAAAACGCACUCAAUGAAGCUGGGAUUGGAGACACUACAAAGGCAAUCAUUCCCUUAAACGCAGAUGUUUACUUUUCGCCGGACUCCAAUCCCGUCCCCUCGGCCGGGCAGUUCCGGCCAGACAUCAGUGAACAAGUGAUCAAGAUUGUCCAGUUCCUAAACAAGAACAAGGCGCCCUUCGUCGUGAAUGUGUACCCUUUCCUCAGUCUUUACUACGGCAAUGGCCAAUUCCCUUUCGACUAUGCCUUCUUCGAUGGUGUGAACAAUCCCCUUGUCGAUAAUGGGGUAGUAUAUACCAAUGUUUUCGAUGCCAACCUAGACACCUUGGUUUCGGCCUUGAAAGCUGAAGGCUUCGGCACCAUGACCAUUAUGGUUGGUGAGAUCGGAUGGCCUACGGAUGGGGACAAGAAUGCCAAUAUGAAGUUAGCUUCAAGGUUUUACAAUGGCCUUUUACCAAGACUUGCAGCCAGUAAAGGCACUCCACUGCGUCCUGGAUAUAUAGAAGUUUACUUGUUUGCACUUUUUGAUGAGGAUGCUAAGAGUAUUCUUCCUGGGAAUUUUGAGCGUCAUUGGGGUAUCUUUGGGUACGAUGGGCAACCCAAGUUCCCUCUUGAUCUUUCUGGUCGGAACAAGAGUAUGCUCAUGCCAGCACGGAACGUGACUUAUCUUCCUAAGAAAUGGUGCAUGCUUAAACCAGAGGCCCAUAAUUUCACCAUAAUUGAAGAAAAAGUUAAGUAUGCUUGCACAUUUGCAGAUUGCACAGCUCUCAGCAAUGGGUCAUCCUGUAAUGGCUUGACAUAUAAUGCGAAUGUUUCUUAUGCAUUCAAUGCCUACUUCCAGGCCCAGAAUCAGGUGGAUGGGAGUUGCGAUUUCCAGGAUCUGGCCAUAGUUACCACUAAGAAUAUAUCUCAAGCAAAUUGCAAUUUUAGUAUUCAGAUAGCACUCCCUAUUUCCCCACCACCGACCCCUUCUCCAGCCCUUUCUCCAGCAUCCAAUCCUUCUGCGCCUACCGGCCAUAGCCCGAAAACACCUUUUGAUUCUGGUUCUGGUUCUGGUUCCGGUUCCGGUUCCGGUGUUGCUGCUGCUGGUCCUGCUUAUGCUUCCCCUGAAGGGCACUCACCCUUGGCUUUGGCGUUUUUAACUGUAACUUCUGUUGUUCUUUCACUAGAUGGCUCGUGUGUACUAAUUCCAUUUUGUUUUUAA